UCAGAGUCCAAUACUUCCUUUAUAGGUGGAGCAUUGCUUUUUUUUUUUGGUAUCACAACUGUAUAACGCAGCCUCUGGCCACACACGCUCACUUACACAGCACUUACAUACCAGAAUCAAAGAUCAGGAAUAGUCAUACACUUGGGGACUAAUGGCUCAGUUCAGCACAAGAUGCAGCUCUUUGCCAGAUGCUUCCUAUAAAUUAGCAGUCCGACAAAAGCUGUGCGCUGUAUCCUCUGUUCAACAAAGAAUAGCUGCCUUUGAGGAGCAACUAUCAGGUUCUGCCAACACAACCACUCAGCCUGUCUUUGACAAAAGAUCCGAUGCUACUCUCCCAGCCUCCCAAUAUGCAAAGCCACCGUCAUCAUUCAAAACUACUAAAACACAGACACACAGGGACUUCUCUGGAUCCUCUGUGCAUUCUCAAUCCAAAAACGUAACGAUGAAAUCUACAGUGAAAACCAAUAGUAGUGUCUACAGCAACACCAGCGUCUCUCUUACUUCAACCAAGUCAGUAUGGACAAACAAUAGAAGACUGGAGUCUACAACCAUUAUGAAAUCAAAAACCCAGGAAUCCAAUGUGUCCUCUUUAUCCAGAGUGCACCAGCACUCCAAACUGUCUCUGUCACAGCAAAGCAAUGUUACCAAAGAGCAAAGUUUCACUGAUGGUGAAUAUGGUGUGGAAAGCAUCACAGGCACUAAGUCCCCCAGACUUCCAGAUAGGCCGAAACCUAGCAGAACAAGGGGAAGCCAGAGUAAAGCCAAAAGGAGCCUUCCUGAUGUGCCUGCUCUGGGAAAGCCUCCCCAGAAGCCAAACAGGCCUCCAGGUGUUGACGUUGAUCAGUUCAGAAGGAAUAUAAAGUUUUUGAAUGAUGCACUAAGGGGGAUGACACCGCGUCCUGCUCAUCCACCCACCCCUCCAACUCCACGCCCGUGCCAAUCAUCCAACCAUGCAGCUGCUUCGCUUCAACAAAUGGAUGAAGAUGAGCCCUACGAUGAUGUCGGCAUCAUGAACCCACCACCACUCCCCAGUGAAGAACAUCCUUCAAAGAGGAGAGAGGCAGAUUUGACUAAAGACAUGUACCAGAACCUUGAUGAUAGAUGGGAGAAAUCUAAAGAAAAUCAAGAAAGUAAGAGCGGGAAAGGGGACACAAACCACAACAAACUCACAGAGGAGAAACAGGCAGAGCCAAAGGGAGCCAUCAACACGGAGGAGAUGAAAGGGAAAGAAAUGCUAUCUAAGAAAGAGAAGAAAGAAAUGAAAAAACAACUGAAAAUACAGAAAACCAAAGAGAAGACGAUCCAAGAAGCAAAGAAGUUGUUCAAGAUUAAAGGACAUGUUCACAUCAAGAAGGAGAAGACAGUUGUUGAAUUUAAAGGAGGAAAAUCAGAGUUGUCUCUGACUCAAGGAGAGAUGGUGGGGGUCAUCCACAGUACCAGUGACGCAGAGGGACAAUGGCCGACCAGGGAAACGAAGGAUUUCUAUGACUAUGUGAAGCCCGUCCAUGUAAGCAAUGAUGAUAUAAAAGAGGAGAAGGAGGAGGAGGAGGAGCCAGAGAGGCACCCGUCUGAUGCAGAGCCAGACAUUUAUGACAGCUUUGGGGCACCAGCUGAGGGUUUCAGCGGGCUCAUAGUGCAGAAUGCCGAGGAGGAGGAGAAUGUUUAUGAUGAUGUGGAUAAUCCGCACACAAGAGAUUCUCCAAACCCAGAUGAAGAUGAUGUUUAUGAUGAUGUCGAUUCCCACAUUCCUCAACUUCCUUUUGACGGGUGUGAUAUUUAUGACGACAUCAGAGAAGCCUGCAUCUAUGAAAUCGACUAAUCUACAACUGCGACAAUGUGAAGAGCACAGAUCAGCAUCAUUUUAAUGGCAUACAUCAGCAUGCAGUGUUUGAACUUUGUAGAUAAAUCUUCAGAGAGCAUGGUUAAUAAAGAUCCAUUAAUAGAUGCAUUGCAUGUUUUGGGAUUAAUACAUCAUAUUAAAUAUUAUAUCGCAACCUGUUGUAAUUACCACUGUGUGUUAUUAGAAUUAGCAGAGCUUUAUAACUGUGCAUUGGUGUCUUUUUUUAUGUAAUCAUUUGUAAUUUGUCCAUGGAGAAAUGCUGUUUAUUAUUAUUUGCUUGGGGGGGGGAAAUCGUCAGCGUUUGUUUGAACAGAUUGAUUUAGCAGCUUGCACAUGAUUUAUUCCUUGUUGAUGCAUACAUUUACUGUUAAACUUACUUACUUUUUUUUUUUUUAAAUCAACAAUAAAGAUCCAUAAAUUGAUGUUUGGGUGUGGUGAAGUUAAUUUACAACCUCACUUUGACCUCUA